AUGAUGACCAUGGUCAUUGUAUUGAUUGCCAUUCAGGGCAGUGAUGCGGCGCCGACCAUAUGGGAAGAACUAGAAGACAGUUGGAAUGAUCUGAAAAGGGACGGAAAAAAGGCAUUUAAAGACAUUUUUCACCGAGUGGCCAUUCAGGUCAAUGAGGCUGAGCCGGGAAGGUAUAUAUGGGAGGAGUUGGAGGACAGUUGGAAUGACUUGAAACGUGACGCUAAAAAGGCAUUUAAGGACAUUUUCCACCGAGGUGAUUGCGCAUACAUCAAGGCUGACCUGGACAAUUAUAAUCGGUGUGCCAACCAGCACUACCCUGAUCAUCACAAAAAGCUACCCUUAUAUCGGCAACACUAUCGCAAAAACUCAAACACUGGCCAUAAAGUGUGUUUCCAAGAGUUUCGCAAUGGGAUGACCAAGUUUACUGAUGGAUACGACAAGUUUGACUCGUGCUUUCGCCAACACGUCCACCGUGAUCGUAUUGAAAAGUGUGCUCGCUACGUUUACGAAUGA